AUGCCGAACAUUUCAGAUUCCAUUAUGCAGAACCUCCGCGAGCUGGAGCAGUACUACAAUGAGGUCCAUAUCAACGAGGAGGAAAAGGAGGAGAUGCCAGCUCUGGAGGAAGUCCUAAGCCCGGCCCAAGGGGAAUCCGAGUCGAUUGCAAAGAGUUUCGGGAGGACUAAGACCUUUGUGCCCUCGCACAGCCAUCCCAGUGCUGGCGAGCACUCCGUCAUGGGUCUCCUGACGGCACCGAUCGACCAUGUUGCCGACGUUUUCAGGAAGUUCCCGGAAAACACCAUCUCAUCGAGCACCUCAACCAAGUAG